GGAAGACUCAUGGCCCUCAUUCUGCCAACCAGAGAAGGUCUGCAGCGAUCAUAUUACAGGAAGCUCUACAAAGCUCCCUCCCACCAGCAAACGCUCGGCUGACUCAGAGACAGACUCGGGGCUGCUCCUCGCACUUCACAGGAAACGCAGACAUCUUUCAGAUUCAACACAAUGCCUGGAAACCUCAUAAAAAAUCCUAAUGGAGACGAGGAUCUGGGACACUGGGAGCUGACAGAGAAUGGAGGCGAUCAGUGGAGGACAGAGGACAUGCCUGGGGACUGUGGACACGCUUUCAACGAAGAAUCAAUUACUAAAUACUUCAGCACGUCUUUUGAGCCAUGUAUAAAAAGACAAGUGAUUGACCUGCUGGCAGAGGGUUACGACCCUGAAAACUUAGAUAUCGCACAGCCAGCGGUAUAUGUGGAGGACUGGUACUGUAGCCGAACAGACUGCGGAUGUAUCUAUAAGCUCACUGUGUCUCUGCUUGAUGAAAGCCUAGAUGUCAUGCAAGAAUUUAAGCCAGAAGAAGUGAUUCUUAACCCCGACUGUGACGACUGCUCUUGGAAAAAGGUGAGCCACACAUUCACGGAUUACGGUCCAGGCCUUCGCUUCAUCUCGUUUGAACAUGGCGGUCAAGACACCAACUAUUGGCAGGGCUGGUUUGGAGUGAGAGUGACUGGAAGCUUUGUUACAGUAGAUCUCUAAACACCAAUUACUCAAACUUAUGAUUGGUUAUAAGACCAGGUAUAUUAUUUCAGAGCUCGCUUUAGUUUUGCACAUACGGCACUAGGUGUAACUAAUAUAUAGCUGAAGAUAUACAUUUAAUGCUAGGCCUUAAAAAGAGCAUCAGAUUAUAAUUUAUUUUUUAUUUUUUUUAUCUUGGUUCCUAUUUCUGUGUAAGCACUAACUACCUCUAUAUGCCCCUGCAAACUAUGCAUUGAGUUAUUUUACAUUAACAACGCACUUUUAAAGAUGUCUAUGUGCAGUAGAUCUUCAAUUAUCAUGAUCAUAAUCAACUCAACUAUCAAUGAUAGUUCUGUAUCAUGCACACUCAAAAAUAAAAAGGAGUGACAAAACA